AUACUUCAUUAAACUUUUUGAUUUUCGUCAAAUCAGUAUUUCCCACGUUUGCUCGCCCUCUUUCAUUUGAAUUUUUUUAUUUUUUCUUUCUUUAAUAUUGAACGUAAAACCCAAAAUAAUUUCAUUUAUUUUCUCCCUUUUACGUAAACCUACCUUCAUCACAAAUUUUCAGGGUAUUCAAUAUUGCACAAAUAGUUAAAGUUCUCGAAAUUUAUGCAAUAUAACUAACAAUAUUAUAUGUAUAAUUAAUUCUUUGUACAAAUUUAUAUAAAAAUUAAUAUGUAAAAUACAUUAUAUUAAAUAUGCAAUUAAUGUGCAUUUUCAGGGUGUGCAAAUCAGUUUUUUCAUCAUGCACAAAAUAUUGCAUAUUUUUUACAUAUAAAAAAUUUCCUGAUGACUUAUGGAAGAAGAAAAAUUCAAAAAUAUUCAUCUUUCAGAAUUUGCUCAAGACAAUUGUAAUGAUGUUUGUGAUGAAGCGAUCUUGUUUAAUAAAGAUGAACAUGUGCUAUUAUAUUCAAAAAAGAAAUUUCAAUUAUGGGAAGGUUGCAAAUUAUUGGGCUAAAAUGACAAGGGUUUCGGGUUAUUAAAGAUCAUGUAGGUCGUCGAGGUAGGAAUUGUCCAUCGUCGUAUAUAUAUCUGUUUUCACUAAAAGCACUAACUGUGAAAAAAUAUUAUUGGUUGUCCAUUUAUUAUUAAUGUUUCAUGUCCAAAGUCGAACAAUCCUGAAGGCUUUGUGAUUAGAAUCAACAAGAUUGUUGUUGAAAUUGGUUGUUGUAUCUGUUUGUUUUACAUACAUUGUUAUUUUUUAUAUUGAACGAACUUAUUAACUUAAUGUUUGGUUUGUUCGGUUUGGAAUAAUUUGUUGGGAAUAAUUAAUUAGAAUGUAUGAAUAAAAAGAAUGUAUUAAUAGAGUAGAGAAAUGUAUUAAAUAUAAGGAAUGUAUUAAUAGGAUACAAUAAUGUUAAUAAAUAGUAAUAA